AUGGGUAUCGAGGAACAGCGCGAAGAGCGCGAAGUUCUCGACUCUAUAUUUCCGGACGAAAUUCAAGAUGUGGGAGAAAAUGGAUUUCGCAUCACAAUCCAGCUAGAUGUGCCCAAACAAGAUGACGAUGAAUCGGAAGAUCCUAUCGUAAUUCUGAAUGUGCGAUAUCCGGAGGCGUAUCCUGACGAGGCACCAACAUUGGAUAUUACGCAACCGCCAAACGCUCCGAAAUAUGCUCAUUUGGAUAUUCAAGAUGACAAGCAAAGCCUCCUUGAAGCUCUGCAGCCAAGCAUUGAGGAGAACAUGGGGAUGGCCAUGAUCUUUCAGCUCGUUAGUGCAUUGAAGGAAGCCGCAGAGCUUCUUAUCGAGGAGCGGCGCCAGAAGAUAGAGAAGCAGAGGGAACAGGAACUUCUCAAAGCUGAACAGGAGGAGAACCAAAAAUUUGAGGGAGAGAAAGUAACCCGUGAGAGUUUCCUGGAAUGGCGGGAUCGAUUCCAAGCGGAAAUGAGCGCAGAUGCAGCGAAAAAGCUGGCAGAGCAAGAAGCUGAAGAGAAGAAAAAGCGUGGUGGGAAACCAGAGGAAAAGAAGCUCACAGGCAAGCAAUUAUGGGAGCAAGGUCUUGCUAGCAAGCUAGCGGAUGAGGAUGAAGACGACGGCGAGGACGUCGUUGAGCAAAUGAGACAGAUCAAGGUUUCAUGA